AUGCAGGAUGGUCCAUUACCUGAGUUUAAUUUUUUAACGAUUUUAUUAUACCGACAGCAUAAAGAAUCAACAACGGUAGCCAAGAAGAGUGAAGAACCACGAGUAUACCGACAGCAUGAAGAAUCAACAACGGCAGCCAAGAAGAGUGAGAAGAACACACGAGGAUUCAGGGAAUGGUUUGAGAGAGGCAUCGGAAUCAAUGGUUGGAAAGUUUCUGAACGCCUUUUACUCAACAUAAAAGUAUAA